AUGGCCCCAAGCAUAGUCGGCCCCGUGAUUGACUCGGGAAACGUCUUGGUCCAAGCACAUCAGUCUCCAGAGCCACACCGGGUCCAAGAGAGUUCGGUGCUCCCCGCGGGAUUUCCAACCGCGCUCAAGACGGAUCUUGCAUGGACCGGCCAACAGUUCAAAAUUGAUAAUGAUUACAUUUUCAAGCUUCAAGCCUCGGAUAUUUUCGAGGUAGAGGCUGCUCUUGAACACUUCAAGGCGCUAGAACUCGACGGAAAUGAUGUCUGUCCUGCCAACUUUCCACUUCCUAAGCUAGGAGGGAGCCUGCGAGGAUUGGCACGGGAUCUUUACGAUGGUCGUGGCUUCUGCGUUGUUCGUGGUCUUGACCUUCAAAAAUAUUCAGUUGAAGAUUACACCGUCAUCUGGCUCGGAAUGCAGAGUUAUAUUGCUCCCCAGCAAGCCCGCCAGGACAAGAAGGGGAACAUGUUAGUACAUAUCCAUGCAGAUAAGUCUUCAGAAGUGAAGGCCGAGCAUCAUCGUCACUCUACCAAUGCCAUUACGUUCCACACAGAAGAAUCAGGCGACAUUGUCGGCUGGCUCACGCGGAGCAGUGCCAUGUCUGGAGGAAGGUGCAUUAUCGCAUCUGCGCACACAGUCUACAAUGUACUCGCUGCAGCCCGUCCGGACCUUGUCAGGGUUUUGGCCCGCUCGGACUGGCCAUUCGCAUUUCCCCAUUUCCAGUGUCGGCCCAUCAUCUACUUUCACGAGUCGAGGCUUAUCAUGAACUUUGGUCGAACUCCGCUUAUUGGAAAUUCGGUUCAUGUCCGACCCAGCCAUCUGCCAUCCCUGUCCAACCUUCAGCGCGAGGCGCUCGAUGCGAUUGAGGCCGUCGCCCAGGCCACUCAGAUGGAGAUCCAAACCCAACCCGGCGAUAUGCACUACAUCAACAACCUUGCCGUUCUCCAUCGCCGCGAUGCUUUUGUCAAUGGCGAUGAACCGACGGCCAGUCGCCAUCUCGUUCGGAUGAGGAUCCGCAAUGAUGCGCUUGGAUGGUCGAUCCCACCCGAGCUCGAAGAUGAGUGGGACAAGGCCUUUAGCGCCCAUGGUGAUCGCAUAUGGCACCUUGAGCCAAUGCCCGAGGGCUUUUUCCCCUGCGCAUGUACACCAACUAAACCGGGGCUGGUCUCCUUGACCUAG